AUGAUCAGUGAACUGGUGAAGUACACGCACCCCGCCUCAUGUAUGAUCUCGUCGAUACUGUGGGAUAUCUUAGAGGGGGCCACCGGUGGAAGUGGCACUACGGUAUCCGUCUAUGUCCGGCUGUCCGAUAUCUUCGCCUGUGACCACGACGACGACGUGGCCACCCCCGCAAUGCCUCGUCAUCUCACUCAUGCUUUCUACAACCUGUCCUCCCUGGUACUCCCAGUUAACGCCGCCUAUACCCCAUCCUCAAAUACAAUAAGUCCUGUCGAUCGCAACAUACCUAAUUCGCGGCCAUGGAAUGGUAACGCUCGCGCUCCAUUUAUCCAAGAUGCUGUUGAUAUGCACCUCACAACUCGACUCGAUGCAGAGAACACGCGGCUCAUAUAUGAUCGUUCUGUGCCACGGAUAAUGUCAUCAAACGUUGACGAAACCCAAAAUGCCUAUCUCCACCCACUUCUCUCGAUGUCAUCUAUACCACUGAUAUACGACCUGCGCUUUCCGCCUGCAUCUCUCGCGUUUCCAUCGUCGUCUCCAUACGCAGGCUAUGGGUACGAGCUACUCUUCGUCCCACUCACCCCAGAACGGCCUAGACAGAUACGGCUCAUCAGCCCAGACUUUCCCUGGACAUUUGACAUCGGUCCUGACCCCAGUGCCGGAGAAGAAGGCGUGACGUGUCUUGACAUUCUCACUUUCCUCCACGCUGCAUUGCAGCGCCCACUCACGGACACGGAGUGGGGCACCGCUGGACGUGAUAGACGUGCGAGUCUUAUCAGAGCACGUGAUCGUCGCCCAAUGAUUUCCGCAGCACGCACCAGGUCAACAGCGAGGUCUGCACCCGGCGUACCAGCACCAAAUCCUGCGCAGCGAGAGAGGUUACUGCUCCGUGUCGAUGGGCUUGGAUCUCGUGUUAUGUUUGCGGGGCUUAUCAAAGAUGAGGCAUUUGCAAGGAGCAGACUCAUUCCGGGUGGUGGGGAGCCACCUGAGACUUGGGUGGCGAAGUUUCAGAGGUUAUGA